AUGACUUCUCUACUGUUUUUUCUUUGUUUGUCCCCAGAUGACUGUGGUUCCCUGAGCACCCAGACAGUCAGAGAGCCAGUCAGAGAGCCAGUCAGAGACGGCUAUGAGAGGCUGUCGUUCUCGGGGCAGAAGCUUCCUCCAGGGUUCCCCGGCCCCUUUAUCUUCCCUGAGGGGCUGUCGUCAAUAGAGACACUUCUCACUAACAUCCAGCAGGGCUUGCUGAAGGUUGCCAUAGACAACACGCGUGCUCAGGACAAGCAGGUGCAGACGGAGAAGUCAGCGCUGAAGAUGGAACUGUUCAGAGAGAGGGAGCUAAGAGAGAAACUGGAGAGACAGCUCACCAUGGAGCAGAAAAACAGAGUGCUGAUGCAGAAGCGUCUGAAGAAGGAGAAGAAGACAAAGAGGAAACUUCAGGAGGCUCUGGAGUUUGAGUCUAAACUGAGAGACCAUGCAGAGCAGACACUGCAGAAGACUGUAGCAUCAGACAGAGCCCUCUGUGACUCACUGACCCAGGAAGUAGACAACGGUAACCAAGGUAACGGCAGGACUGAUGCAGAGGCAACGAUACAAGAUGGAAGACUCUUCCUGAAAACCACAGUGAUGUAUUAAAGACAGCAUGGAGAGACUCUUCCUGAAAACCACAGUGAUGUAUUGAAGACAACAUGGAGAGACUCUUCCUGAAAACCACAGUGAUGUAUUGAAGACACCAUGGAGAGAAGAGAAGAUCGAUUCGAGCACCAUUGGAGAGAUUCCAGGGACUUGCAGCAGCAACAUUAUGGACGUUUCAGUACUCCACACUGCCAUAAAAGACUGACAAUACACAACAAAGAACAAAUCAUCAAACCAUUGUCAUAACAGUGGUACAUGCAAUACCAAUGUAUUUCACAGCAACACAUUCACAACAAAGUGUAACUGAGUGAGAGAUUUUUAUACUUUAUUUAAACCAGCCCAAAUACUCAGAGAAGGACAAAUCCACUUCCGAUUUUUGACUUAUUGUCCGUAUUCCUGUCUCAAAUUUUAUACGAUUUAAAUGUUUUAAAGCAUAAUGUCUUGAAGGUCAGUAAUCUAGAGGUUAAUUUAUUAUGUUAUUUCUGUACAUAAAUUGAUACAAUGUUUCAUUACGAUAUUAGUUUUUGUUGUUUAUUCUAGUAAUGGAAAAUGACAGUUAGUCCUUUGCCAUUGAUGUAUAUCAGAUGAAAGGUAAAGGAUUCCUGACCUAUGGUAUUGUAUGUGUACAUAAAGUAAACAUAUUGUAUUGUGUAUUGUAUGCAGUAGAUCAGCUAGAUGGAAAAAAAGAAUACAAACAUUCUCAUUUGUCCCAGUCUUAUGUCUUCUAAUGAUCAACCCAUCAGUCCCUCAAUACAUUUGAAUGAUAACAACCACGUGUGUCAGUUUAUUGGUCCUGAGAAUGACAAGUCAAGGACAGGUUACCCAUCACUGGCAGCAUAAGGGUGUUUUAAUGGUUUCUUCAGAUGAAGAAUACAGAAAUGCAUUGAAUGCAACACUCAGAUGAAAGCAGUGCCAUUAUUGUUCACUUUAAUGCCAUUCUACCAUCCCCUCUGAAAGCACAGAGCUUUAUUCUGCAUGAGGUGGGAUUGGUAUGCCAUUGAUUUGUGCCUGGUUUCUAAAAACUAGCACGUAGAUGAUAUCAACAGAGUGAGAGAGAAAGAAAGAAAGAAAGAGAUAGAGAGAGAGAGAACGAGAGAGAGAUGGAAAGCCAAAAAUUUCACCGGUAAGCAAGUAGUGAAACAUGUUGACACAGCAUUAUCACACCCCUCAUCAUCUCCUUCUGGCAGGUUUCCUUUCUGGAGUAAAAACACUGGCCAAUGUAACAGGCCAGGGCAUAUGAAUGAAUGACAUUAUUCAAACCUCUAUUGUGGAAAAAAAUGUCUCUAAGCAAUAGCACUUUCCACAUUCAGAACGAGGUUAAAGUCUCAAUCAACCCUGGAUAAAGAUACAUGUUUAAUAGGAGAAAGAGAAUGAGAGGAGUGUUAUUAUGUUGGACUUGGGCUCAGU